UUACGACAUUUCCGCCUUCGUUUUUGGCUGCUCUUUAUGGAAAAGUCUAACUAGGAUCUGGAUAGAAGACAUACAGAGUAAAUGUCGUCCGUGUGGUUACGAGCUAAAAUCAAGAAAAUAAAUGAUUAUAAUCCUGUUUAUAAUUUAAAAAAAUUUUUUACAAUAGAAAUAGUGCUUACGGUGUCCUCUAAUAGUGCCAUUUAACACAGUAUCACCCCGUAAUGGUAUCGUCCGGAGUCUAUAUAAAUACUCCGCCCAGCACAUCUCAUCCGGUGUACUGUGUGCAGCUUCGGUUGCUAAGGAAACGCAGAAAGAAGGUAAAAUGAAAAUGAAGAUGAUGAUGACCAGUCUAACCAAAUGAGGUGUCGUGGGGACAUGGUAUAAAUUAUGCCAAGUGUAUGACAAAACGGCUCUGCAUGUCUGUUCCUGGAUCAGCGCUACCAUUAUGGUGACACUUAUCACAGAGCAGCUCCGAAAGCAGAGUUUGGAAGAACCUUAUCACCAGGCUUUCACCGUGAAUGUGAGUGUGACACUACCUGCAUUAGGGUCCAGCCCCACUAUCUCCUGGAGUGCAUGCAAAUCAGCGCAAGAGAGCAGUUUUGCUACAAAGCCAUCUUUCAAAGCCAAACCUGUGGAUGCAACAUGUGGCCUGGAUUCCACAUGGCCUUACCAAGUGGGAAAACCUCAGCAUGGACCUGAGGUUUCCAUAACAGCCAACGCUUUCCAGAGCUCCCCUCCACCACCCCCUCCAAAACGCCACUGUCGCUCCCUCUCUGUUCCGGAGGACCUAUCUCAGUGCCGCUCCACGUGGCAUCCUAGUGCAUCCAAAGUUUGGACCCCAGUAAAACGUGCCAGCCAAAGCAUAGAAAGGUCUCCUUUAAACUCAGUUGCCAGCUCGCUGCCUCUUUGUGGCCCCAGGACCUUCUAUGAGUCAUCCUCUCUACAUUCCUCUUCGAGCCCUACUUUCUUUAGCUUAGCACUAUCUGCUGAUUCUCCACUGUCAUGGAGCUUUCCAUGGGACCCAUGUGACUCACAGAAAACAGCCUGCUCUUCCUCAUUUGCUACCCCAUCCUCUUGUUCCUCAUCACCGACUCCCCUAGUUGGUCACUCAGUGUCACACCGCCGCUACUCCCUGUCUCCUUUCCAAGUUCUGAACACAUCUGUGUUCUCCCAGCACCCUCACCUGGCCCACACUUCUUGUCUGACAUAUUGCUCUGGUAUGGAGUGCCCAGCUUUGUCUCCUUCCCCAACUUCAGCCUGCAGCACACCAUCCUCCUCUCGACACGACCUGCACCAAGCACUACCACGAUGCCACUCACAGCCCUGCGACAUGCGCAAACCUCGCUUGAAGCGGCGCCACGACCCAGAUGUGUUACCUGGCCCAAGGCCGGGACUCGACUUCAGCAAGAUGACACAGAUUGGCAACGGUGAGGGCCUAGUGUCUGGUACAGGUGGUUGCAUGGGUCAGGUGCACUCCCAAGUGGAGCAGAACUCUUCUCUUUCGCCUGCAGAGUUCCUGGGCCGAGCCAGCAUCAGACCACUAAGUGAAAGUGAAGAGGAGGACGAAGAUGAUACAAUUAAAAGAACUGCGACGACUGAGGCCCAUAUGCUUUUUGAAAGAGACUGCACAGAACUGGACUUGAACCUCAUAGAAGAAAAUUGAUGAUAGAGGGAAAACGCUGCUUCCUGUGGGAACAGCUUCCUUUACCAUGUUAAGCACACUUCUACAUGCUCGCUGCCUCAGGCUUAUAUCUAUACUCAAGAUCAAAACAGUUUGGAGCUAUAGAGCUAGUUACUGUUAAAAAAAAAAAACAGUGUUAUUGUGCCUCCCCUCUUGCACCACUCCAAAGUGAAAUUGACAACUUUUUGUGAAGACAGGCUCCGUCUAUGGCUUUCUGCCGGUAAAUUAUUAAAAUUUUAAGUAGUGCUGCUAGUUGGCUGUGUAUUACUUGUCUUAAUAUUCUUUUCUGGAGCUGAGGACAGUAGAUUGGCUUUAAGGAGCGUUACAUUUUGACAGCCAUUCAUGUGUCCAAUGUUGAGCCUUUGGAAAAGUGACAUAAAUAAGAUGCCCCGUAGGUUGAAUAGCAGGCGUGAUGACUCACCCAUGGCAGUACAAACAAUGUUGGAAGAACUUUACCCCUCAACAUCCUAUUUUACGAUUGCUAUAUAGAUUUAGAUUAAACCCUAGAUUUAAAAAAAUGUUGGAAAAUAUGUUUGCAAACCAGUCCUGUACCCUGAAAAAUCUGUUUUAUGUUUCUAAGUGUACGUUCACAAUGGUCAGCACGCUAGGUACACAAAACUAUCCAGCUGUUUUCUAUACGGCUUGUCCUCUUCAGAGUUGUGGGUAAAUGGCACCUAUCCCAGCUGAUGUUGGGGGAGAGGUGGAGUAGUACUUGGACAGAUCCCCAGUCAGUCUCAUGGCACAUUUGACAAAUAACCAUUAUCUAAUUUCCCUUGCGAGAUCAAUCUAUCCAUUUUCUGUACCGCUUAUCCUCACUAGGGUCGCGGUGGGUGCUGGAGCCUAUCCCAGCUAUCUUCGGGUGAGAGGCGGGGUACACCCUGAACUGGUCGCCAGCAAAUCACAGGACACAUAGAAACAAACAACCAUUCACACUUGCAUUCAUACCUACUGUAUGUACAUGGAAACAAACAACCAUUCAUGCUCACACCUACUGUAUGUGCAAUUUAGAGUCUUCAAUUAACCAACUAUGCAUGUUUUUGGGAUGUGGGAGGAAACCGGAGUACCCGGAGAAAACCCACGCAGGCACAGGGAGAACAUGCAAACUCAGCACAGGAGAGGCCGGUUUUGAACCCCAGUCCUCAGAAAUAUGAGGCGGAUGUGCUAACAAGUCUUCCACUGUGUCCAACUCCCUUGCAAGACGAAUAAAGUAUCCACAGUGCUGUGAAAAAGUAUUUGCCCCCCUUUUCAAAUUCUUACAUUUUUGCAUAGUUUCCCUACUUUGUUUAAGAUUGUCAAAAAAUAUAAAUAGACAAAUAUAACCCAAGUGAACUUAAAAUGCUCUUUUUAAAUGAUUUCAGUUAUUAAAGAAAGGUUAACUGGCCCUUUGCUGAAAAAGUAAUUAUCCCCUUGUUAAAUUAUAAAUUGUGGCUAAUCACAAUUUUUGGUUUAUUUUCACUGAUCACAUCCAAGGCUGAUUACCUCCAGACCUGUUCGAUCAAGAAAUCACUUAAACAGAAUCUGUCCCGACAAAAUCAAGUCGGACAGAACAUCUAAAAAAGCAUCAUUGACAUCAGUCUGGAAAAUGGUUACAAAAGCCAUUUCUAAAGCUUUAGGAUUCUAGCAACCCAUUGGGAGAGCCAUUAUCCUCAUAUAGAGAAAACAUGGAACAGUAGUGAACCUUCCCUACAAAGAUUACCCCUAGAGAACAAUAGUGACUCAUCCAAGAGGCCACAAGGGAUCUCAGGACAACUUCAAAAGAACUGCAGUACUCCCUUGCCUCAGUUAAGGUCAGUGUUCAUGACACAGCAAUACAGAAGAGACUUGGCAAAAAUGGCAUCCACGGCAGAGUUCCAAUGCAAAAACCACUGCGGACCAAAAAGAACAAGGGCUCGUCUUUCUUUUGCAACAAAACAUCCGAAUGAUUCCCAACACCUUUGGUAGAACAUUGUAUGGACUGACGAGAUGAAAGUUGAGCUUUUUGGAAGGUGUGUGUCUCGUUACAUCUAGCGCAAAUAUAGUACAGCAUUUCACAAAAAGAACAUCAUACCAACAGUCAAAACGUGCUGGUAGUGGGCUGCUUUUUCUCCUUCAGGACCUGGACAACUUGCUGUGAUUGAUGGAACCUUGAAUUCUGCUCUUUAAUAGAAAAUCCUGAAGGACAAUGUUUAGCUAUCAGUUUGUGUACUGCAACAGGGUAACGAUUCAAAACACACCAGCAAGUCAACUUCUGAAUUGCUUAAAAAAACAAAAUGGUUUUGGAGUGGCCUAGUCAAAGUCCAGACUUGAAUCCGAUUUGAAAUGCAGUGGCAUGACCUUAAAAAAAGCUAUUCAUGAUUGAAAACCCUCAAUUUUUGCUGAAUUCAAACAAUUAUGCAAGGAAGAGUCGGGCAAAAUAACCCCACAGAGAUGUGAAGGACACGUUGCCAUUUAUAGGAAAAGCCUUGAUUUCAGUUGUUGCUGCUGAGGAGCAGUUAUUAGGUUUAGGGGGCCAUUACUUUUUCACACAGGGCCAGGUAACUUUGAAUAGUUUAUUUUCCUUAAUAAAUGAAAUCACUGUUUAAAAACAGCAUUUUAAGUUCACUUGGGUUAUAUUUUUCUGAUAUUUACAUUUGUUUGAUGAUCUUAAAAAUUGAAGUGGGGAAACUAUGGAAAAAUAUAAGAAUUGGAGAAGGGGGCCAAUACUUUUUCAUGGCACUGUAUUUAUCCAUUAAGCCAUGGACAAUCUAGAGUAACCAGUUAGCCUAACAUAGGGAUGUGGAAGCUGUUCGAAUGAAGAUUUGAUCCUGGAUUUCCUGACUAUGAUCAUUAGACCACCAUACAACUGUCCUGCAGUUUACAGUCUAAUACGAACCAAUACAAGAGCUGUAUAAUUUUUUACUUUUGAAAGACAAUGCUUGGUUUUUAGGAUUCUGACACUUUCAGACAGAUAAUUGGCCAUCUUUAUUGCCAUUUUACUGGUGCAAAGUCAAAACUUGACAGUUUAAUUUGAAAUGCAAGCACAACACAUGCCAAUCACCUCACUGAAAAUAAAGAGGAAAAUACUGACUAGAAGUUAAUAAUCCCUACAUUGCUUCUCACUAGGAGGUCUUAUUUGUGCAGCUCUUGUAUUGGAUCUCAUUAGCGUGUGCGGAGUCCACUGAUGGUGUAGUGGUACAUUCGCUUGACUUCGGUGCAGGCAGAGUGGAUUCAAUACCCACUCAGUGACAGGGUAAAUGUGAGUUUGAUUGGUAGUCCACCUUUCGCUGGAAUAGCCUCCUUUUCCCCUGAACAGGAUUAGCGGUAUUGAAAAUGGAUGGAUGGCUGGAUCGAUUGUGUGGGUGUACCUAAUUGACCAUUCAAUGCAUGUCCACACUGAGGAUAUACUGUACAGACUUAGCUAAUCUUGAAUCAUUGUGGAACUAACUUUGCAUGUUGUGGCCGCUUACAGUAUAACUCUAGCCUCAGGCAAUGAAUCACGUGUAACACGGACCCUCAUUAGAAGAGUGAAAAUGGGCUCUCCUGCAGAUACGAAAAUGGGCUCUCCUGCAGAUACGAAGAUUGGCAAUGUAGUUACAGUUAUGAAGGUGGUUAGAUCCUUAAAUUUUAAAUUGUGAGGAAGCCAUGAUCUUCAGCCCUUUGGAUGUAACAGUAUGAGCUGUUACUGGAGGAUGUAAUCCUUAUUGGGUGUGUGUACAUUUAGGCUUCACAUAAUGCUUUCCAAGAUAUAGCUGCAAUUCCUGAAAUCCCACAUUCACUACAGAUGUUUUUUUUCCUAUUUUUUUACAGUAUUCUUAAUGAGUAACCCCCUUUGUCCAUUUAUCCAUGCUGU